AUGAAUCCAAACGCCUUCACCUCGGCUAACUGUGGAGCAAUCGAACACUUAUGGUGCGUGAUUGGUGGGGCAACUGGGAAGAUCGUGAUAGGAAUUUCCUAUAGGCCCCCUAACUCUUCUCUUGAGGAUGAAGCAGCUUAUUUUGCACUCAUGCGUAGGAUCGGCGAGAUUUCGAAGCAGAACUUGCAUUGGUACCCUGUGGUCAACAGGUUGCAGCGAUCCAACUACGCACAUCACAAGGUUGUGGCUCUGGAGAAUGAUGAUUGGGUUGCAAUGGUGGUAGAUGGGAUGGACCAGAAGAAAACAAAUGUUCCUCGGUUCGCCCAAGAAGACAAGCAUACAAAUAGCUUGCAAAAUCUUGUCACUCAUAUUGAAGCCCAUCAUCGGUUCCAUGGCAGUCGGAGACUGGGCAUAUGUGCUGGGACCAACGACCUUCAUCCGGGGAUGUUGGCCGUCGUCUAUACAGAGGAGAAAACAUCACGGCCAUGGGUGGGAAAUAUAACCUCCAUAGAAGAGAAAGAAGCGACCAUCCACUGGUACAAGGGGACUUAUGAGAAAUCUUGGAACCCAAUGAUUGGAAUUGAAAGCCUUUCAACCGUUCCCCGAGAAUCACUCCUCUCAUGGGAAUUCAACCUAACAGACAAGAGGCAGCUGCUGAGGAUCGAAACGAGGGAAGAAUUAAAGCGACUUCAUCAAGAGACUGACCAAAUAAUACUCAGGGAACUCCACCAAUGCCACCCAGUUUCAGCCUAA